AUGACAGACUUCAUCUCAAAUCCAAUGUUGUGCAACCUCACGAACAUGGCGGUUGGCAAGGACGACGGUUUGCUUUCAUUCUUAUGGACGAUAAUAAUGGCCUCGUACAGCAGGGGGGUCUCUAGUUGUCAAUCCCACGAAAUCAACGAUUAG